AUGUGCUUAGAAAAGCUUGUGUGUCAUGUGCAGGCUCAGUAUCCUGAGGGUAUUAUCUUCUCUCAGCUUGUUCAUUUGGAACUAUGUACAUGUGAUGAUUCAAAGUGGUUAUAUCUACUCGCGAAAUUGCUUCGAGAUUCUCCAAAACUUCGAGUGCUCAAGCUUAAUGAUAAGAACCAUGAUUUCGUUAGCAAGUAUUGCACUAGUUCUUGGAAUCAGCAACCAAGUUAUGUUCCACAAUGUUUGACUGAAAAUCUUGAAAUUUUCGAGUGGCGAAACUAUAAAGCAACAUUCAAAGAGAGAGAUGUUGCGGUGUAUAUCUUGAAGAAUAGUACUUGUUUAAAGAAGUCGGUUAUCUCCCCCAAAUUCAAGCUUUCAGGAGAGAUUUGUGAUCAUCAUAUCAUCCGAGAAGACUUGGCAUCUAUGUUCAUGGGCUCGAGUUCUUGUGAACUUAAAUUGGACUGAGAAAUAAACAUGUUCAUAGAAAAAAAUCUUAUAGCUUUUUGUUUUUGCUUUGGGUUUCCUUUUUCAUCGUUUAAACAAUUAUA